AUGUCUAAUGUAACAAUAAAUAAAGAUGAAGUUCAGAGUGAAAGGAUAAUUCAACUGAAUAAAGAAAGAGCGGGUAUCCAAUCUGCAUUCACCAGAACUGAAAAUCAGAUAAAUGGUCUCAUUGUAAAUAAGAAUGCUAGUCCUACAGACAUUGAACAUGUUGAAGGAUCAGUGAAAUCAAUUGAGAAAAUCUUUGACAGUUUGACACAGAAAGUAAAUCAGCUGAAGGAGAUAGUGCAAGAUGAUGCAGAAGAGAUUAGUAAACUGGACAUGUACAUGAAUAAGAUGUCAGAUAGACUGAAAACAGUGAUGUCUAGUGUACAGAUGUGGCAUCAUGAUACAGUAAAACCAAGUGAUUCAGCGAGUCAGGUAGGAAGCCAUGCAAGUAGUGGAAGCACGAGAUCGAAGAUUGCAGCAAGGAGAGCUGCACUGAAAGUCAAACAAUCUGCUCUGAAGAAGAGUCAGGAACUGAAGUUAAAGAAAUAUGAACUUGAAUUACAAGAAGAGACUCUUCAAAUGGAGACUGAGCUUGCAGCCGCUGAAGCUGAAAUAAAGGCAAUCAAUGAAAUCGAUGGACCCCCUUCUGUUAAAGAUGAUGGUAUAAUGGGCACAAAUCCCAAAACAGUGCAUUUAGUGUCAAGUAACCCGAUACCCACAGACAGAGUGAGUGAUCAGCAACUCAAUCCAAAUGCAGUGUCUUGGACAAGCCAUAAUGAUACUGUUCAACCACCACAGCCAGGUAAUACGCAGUAUGAAAUGUUACAUUUGCUUCAGUUGCCAAAAGUUGAAAUCAUGAAAUUUGAUGGAAAUCCUCUGCAAUACUGGGCAUUCAUCAGGUCUUUUGACAUAAGUAUAGGGGAAACAUCAAUCAGCAAUAGUGCUAAACUGAAUAGGCUUUUGCAGUACUGCACUGGGCAUGCUCAAGAGGUUAUAGAGUGCUGUGUAAUCAUGAAUCCAGAGAUUGGUUACUCUCAAGCCAGAAAGUUACUGUUGGAGAGAUUUGGCAAUCAAUAUGUCAUCGCUAAAGCAUGGGUGGAUAAGGUGACAGAAGUCCCCAACUUGAAACCUAAUGACAGUGCUGGACUGAGAAGAUAUGCGGAUUCUGUUAGAAGCUGUGUGGUUUCACUUACAGCAAUGAGCAGACUGGGUGAAAUCGACAAUCAAUUGAGAAUGAGAAAGAUUGUAGAGAAGCUUCCCUUCUUCAUUCAAGGUAGAUGGAGAAAAGAAGCUGUAAAUGUUUUAAAGCGCAAUGGUCAGUAUCCAGGAAUUGGGCAUCUUGCUGAAUUUAUAGAAAUUGUUGCUGAAGAACUGGAUGACCCGGUGUUUGGAAUCAGUGUAAAGGAUUCUACAGAGAAACCACCUCCACAAAGGACAAGCUUCAAGUGUAAGUCAGCUUCCAAUUUUAUUGCACAAGGGAACAUUACUCAGGAAAACAGAAGCCUUCAUGAACAGCCACAGAGAGCUUGUAAAUGUUGUACUGGCAGUCAUCCUCUUUACCAGUGUCCUACUUUCAAGAAGAUGACUUUACAGAAGAGACUGGAGUUUACAAUAAGACAGAAGUUGUGCUUUAAUUGUUUCUCAUCAAGGCAUUUGUCAUCUCGAUGUAUGAAGGACAGCAUGUGUGACAAUAGCAGUUGUAAACAACAUAACUGGAAGCAUUCCAGUUUGCUUCAUGACAGUUCAAGGACAUCUUUGAAAUCUGUUAAAGAGCCGAUUCCAGACAGCAAGGAUAUGAAUCCCACGUUACAUUCUCCAAGUUGCAGAGAGCAUGCAGAGAACAAGAUUCAGUCAAGUUCAGUGUAUGGAGUCAAUGGGGCCGGAGGAACAAGAAUAGCUCUCCCCAUAGUUCCUGUCUGUGUGAAAGGAUGUAGUGAACAUGAAGUAAUUCAGACUUAUGCUUUGUUAGAUCCAGGAAGCCCAAGUACCUUUUGUUCCAAAGACUUGGCAAAUACUUUGAAGUUGGAUGGCAGUGGUGCUAUGCUUUCUUUAAAUACUCUUACUGACAAAAGCUAUGAGUCUCAGACAGAGGUUGUCUCCCUUAGCUUAACAGACAUCAAUGGAAGACAUGUUACAAACAUGUCAAAUGUAUUUGUGCUCUCUCAGAUGCCUGUGUUAGAAGGCAGCGCUGUAUCACAGUGUGAUGUUGACAAAUGGAAACACUUUCAAGGGAUUGAUCUACCCACAGUUGAAGGCAAAUUUGCCAAAGUGACAGUGCUGAUAGGUCAAGACAAUCCGUUAGUUUUAACCCCACUUGAGGUGCGAUCAGGGAAAGCUGAUGAGCCCUAUGCCACAAAAACAAUAUUCGGAUGGGCCAUCAAUGGACCUUUACACAGAGGCAUUCAGCAAGACAUGACGUCCAACUUUGUGCAAGUUGAAGCUAACUUAGAAUCACAAGUCGAGAAGUUCUGGCAUCUGGACAAUGUGAGUGAUGGAAGAUCACAACUUUCAUUCCAUGACAAGCAGGUCAUUCAAUUAUGGGACAAUACUGUUGAGAGGGAGAAGAGGCAUUACAAGUUACCUAUACCUUUCAAAGUAAAUCCCCCUAAUUUGCCUAACAAUUUCUGCAUGGCUGAAACCCGCCUAGUAUCAUUAACCAAGAAGCUGUCUAGGAAUGAUGAUAUGUAUGAGCAUUACAAAGCAGGUAUUGAUGACAUGGUGUACAAAGGCUACGCAGAGAAGGUUCCUGAUGAUGAAGUAUGUAUUGAUGAUGGAUCAGUCUGGUACCUCCCUCAUCAUGUAGUCACCAGUGACAAGAAGCCAGGGAAAUUCAGAAUUGUGUUUGACUGUUCAGCCAAGUUUGGUGGAAUCAGCUUAAAUGAAUCAGUUCAUCAAGGUCCAGAUUUAACCAAUACUUUGAUGGGUGUACUGUUGCGCUUCCGUGAGAAAAGGAUUGCCAUCGCCGGUGAUAUUGAAUCAAUGUAUCACAGAGUAAAGGUCGCUGAUCAACAUCGCAAUGCUUUGAGGUUCCUUUGGUGGAAGAAUGGUGAACUAGGUGGAGAUAAAGAGGUCUAUAGGAUGACAUCAUAUCUAUUUGGUGGCAUAUGGAGCUCCAGUUGUGCCAAUUAUGCACUGAGGAAAGCUGCAGCAGACAAUGUGGAAGAUACAAUUCAGACUGUUACUGACAAUUUUUAUGUAGAUGAUUGUCUGAAAUCUGUUGAUUCCAAGGAGAAAGGUAUCAAGUUGGUUCAGAAUGUGUGUGAUCUCCUACAGAGAGGAGGUUUUAGGCUCACAAAAUGGACCAGUAAUAGUAGAACAGUACUCCAGAGUAUCCCAGUUAAGGAAAGAGCCAAAGAGUUGAAAGACAUCAAUCUGUGCGAUGAUGAGCUCCCUCAAGAGAAGGCUCUUGGCGUGAAAUGGGACACUGAAACUGAUCAGCUUGGUUUCAAAUUCCAACCAAAGAAGAGGCCUGCAACCAAGAGAGGUCUCCUCAGUAUACUUACCUCUGUCUAUGAUCCAAUAGGAUUCUUGUCACCACUGAUCUUAAAGGCAAAGAUGAUAUUUCAGGAUGAAUGUCGACUCCGAAAAGGAUGGGACACCGCUUUGGAAUCAAUCAGCAAUGAAAGGUGGUCAAACUGGCUGUCUAAGCUGUGUCAUAUUGAAGACUUCACUGUCCCAAGAUGUGUGAUUCCGGAUGACUUUUGUGAAAUGAUGUCUGCUGAAUUACACCAUUUUGCGGAUGCUUCAAUAGCAGGAUAUGGUGCUGUAUCGUAUGUCAGGAUCGUUGAUUCAUGUGGAAGAAUCCAUUGCUCCUUUCUGAUGGCGAAGUCGAGAUUAGCGCCAAUCAAAAGUAUCACAAUACCAAGGCUUGAACUCUGUGCGGCUGUGCUGAGUGUAAAACUUGAUGAAAUGUUAUGCAAAGAACUGAGAAUGGAAACCGAACAAUCUACAUUUUGGACAGACAGCAUGAUAGUACUACACUAUAUCAAAAAUGACUUUCAAAGAUACCAAACGUUUGUCGCCAACAGAGUGACACAAAUUCGUGAAGGUUCUUCACCACAAAGUUGGAGAUAUGUCCCAUCAUCACUCAAUCCUGCUGAUGAUGCAUCUCGUGGACUUGAUGCUGAUGAACUACUUGCAAAGGAAAACUGGUUGCAGGGACCGAGCUUCCUGUGGGAGAAUAAAGAUACUUGGCAAAAUACACCAACAGUACUUCCUGUGUCAGGAGAGGAUUUGGAAGUUAAGAAAGUGAAGGUCAACUUUGCAAGUUCUGAUAAGGUUGAACCAUCCACUACAGAUCGACUCCUUAGCCGAUAUUCCUCUUGGUACCACCUCAAGAAAAUGGUUGCUUGGAUACUGAGACUAAAGCACUGCUUGUUAAAACAUGUCCGAGAGGGAAAUUCUGAAGAAAGGAUUUCCAUGGAACCUCUUGUUGUUUCCGAGAUGAAACAAGCUGAAACUGAAAUUGUUAGGUACACUCAGAAUCUUGCAUUUCGGCUUGAAGUGGAAUGUCUUCUAAAUGACCGCUCCAUCACAAAAUCAAGCCCAAUUUACUUACUUGAACCAUUCUUGAAUCGAGAUGGAAUACUAUGUGUAGGAGGGCGUUUGAAUAAUGCUCCAAUAUCUGAAGAAUCUAAACAUCAGAUGAUCCUACCAAAAGGACAUGAUAUUGUCACGUUGAUUGUUCGUUGUUAUCAUGAACAAUUAGGUCAUUCAGGGACUGAGCAUGUUCUGUCACAUGUAAAACAAAGGUUCUGGGUCAUCAGUGCUCGCAGAACAAUCAGAAAAGUACUGAAAGACUGUGUCAAAUGCAAACGAUUACAAGGAAAACGCUCCCAUCAGAAAAUGGCAAAUCUACCAGAAGACCGAGUCACACCUGGAAAACCACCAUUUGCUCACACAGGUGUGGAUUGUUUUGGACCGUUUCUGAUCAAACGUGGGAGAAGCGAAGUUAAGCGAUAUGGUUGUAUCUUUACCUGUUUAACAACAAGAGCUAUUCACCUUGAGAAGCUAGACAGCAAGGACACGGAUUCCUUCAUAAAUGCUUUGAGACGGUUUGAAGCACGAAGAGGCGUCCCAGAUAUAGUACGUUCUGAUAAUGGAACCAACUUUCGAGGAGCUCAGAAAGAAUUAAGAGAAGCAAUUCGUGCAUGGAAUCACCAUGAAAUCCAGGAACACAUGCUACAGAAAGAAAUUCAGUGGAUGUUUAAUCCCCCAUCUGCCUCUCACAUGGGAGGAGUUUGGGAGAGACAGAUUAGGACUGUGAGGAAAGUACUGAAUGCAUUAUUGUAUCAACAGUAUGGCCUGCAUGAUGAAGGAUUGUCAACAUUGUUCUGUGAAGUGGAGGCAAUUGUCAACAGUAGGCCAAUAACCAUCGUAUCUGACAGUCCCAGUGAUAUGGAGCCACUUACACCAAAUCAUAUCUUGUUGCUGAGAUCAGGAAAUUCCUCACCUCCAGGAAGGUUUUCAGUACAUGACACUUACCGCAGGCGCUGGAAGCAUGUUCAGUUCCUUGCGGACCAGUUCUGGAAACGAUGGCUCAAGGAAUACUUACCAGGCUUACAGCUCCGUCAAAAGUGGCUACAAUCUACAGUGAAUCUCAAAGUGGGUUACAUAGUGCUACUUGUAAAUGAAAAUUCUCCAAGAUGUGUGCGGCCUCUCGCGAGAAUCACAAAUGUGUUCCCGGACAACGAUGGUCUAGUGUGA